AUGGAAGCUCAAUUCAAGACCUCCGGCAUCACAGUCGAUGACACCCGAUUCAACUAUAUAGUUCAGGCGCUGGAUACGGAAAUUCUUACGGAGGUUAGUGAUUUGAUACUCAGCCCACCGAGCACCGGCAGAUACGAGCGUCUGAAAGCCCGGCUCAUAGAGGUUUUCGCGGACAGCGAAACAAGGCGGAUGAAAACGCUCUUAACAGAUCUUGACCUCGGAGACCGCCGCCCUUCACAGCUGCUGCGGCAAAUGCGAGACCUUGCCCAGGAUAAGAUUUCCGAAAGCGCCUUGCGAUCGCUGUGGUUGCAGCGUCUUCCAGCACAUAUGCAAGCGAUCCUGUCUGCCAGCGAAGACGAUUUGAAUCGGCUGUCACAGGCGGCUGACAAGAUUGCCGAAAUCAGCACCCCCACCAUCAACAACAUUUCACCCGGUUCUGAGGUUAGUGAUUUGAUACUCAGCCCACCGAGCACCGGCAGAUACGAGAGUCUGAAAGCCCGGCUCAUAGAGGUUUUCGCGGACAGCGAAACAAGGCGGAUGAAAACGCUCUUAACAGAUCUUGACCUCGGAGACCGCCGCCCUUCACAGCUGCUGCGGCAAAUGCGAGACCUUGCCCAGGAUAAGAUUUCCGAAAGCGCCUUGCGAUCGCUGUGGUUGCAGCGUCUUCCAGCACAUAUGCAAGCGAUCCUGUCUGCCAGCGAAGACGAUUUGAAUCGGCUGUCACAGGCGGCUGACAAGAUUGCCGAAAUCAGCACCCCCACCAUCAACAACAUUUCACCCGGUUCUGAGGUAAAUUCCCUUCGCGCUGAGGUGCACGAACUAACUAAACAAAUACAGGCGCUGACAUCCCGAUUAAGCCGAAGCCCACACCGGGGAAGCCGAAAUUCGAGGAGGCGUUUCGUCAGGAGUAGGACCCCGGAUCGCAGCCGAGGACGAGUGUUGGUACCACCGCACCUACCAACAACGCGCACGAAAGUGCGAACAGCCAUGCCAAUAGAAAAGCGCACCGGAAAACUGAAACCCCGGUUAUCUCAGGCGACUGAUAGCCGGGACAAACCAACACGUCGCCUGCUUGUCCACGACGCAUCAACCAAAUUAUCCUUCUUGGUCGACACCGGCGCCGACGUCUCAGUAAUCCCGGCCACCCACACCGAUCGCCGGCACAGAGCGGAACUCACUCUUUUCGCCGCAAACAAUACCAACAUCAACACCUAUGGGCAGAAACUCCUACGGCUGGACCUAGGCCUGCGCCGCUGCUUCCAGUGGCCUUUCGUAAUCGCCGAUGUGCAGAGGCCAAUUAUUGGAGCGGACUUUCUGGGCCACUUCAACCUACUGGUGGACAUUCGGCACAGAAAACUCGUCGAUGGAAACACCUCCCUGGUCAACUAUGGGAUAAUAAGGAUCGACCCAACCCCGCAGAUCCACGUCAUGGAGAAGAACACUGAGUAUGGAAAACUCCUGGCAAAAUUCCCCGCCAUCACGCGGAGCACCAUCCUUCCGCCACAAGUGCCACACAAGAUCCAGCACUACAUAGAGACCAGAGGACCACCAGUUGCAGCUCGCGCGAGACGCCUUGCCCCUGAUCGCUUAAAAGCCGCACGACAAGAGUUUGACUUUAUGUUGCAGCAAGGAUUAUGUCGCCCUUCGAAAAGCCCCUGGGCUAGUCCACUCCACCUGGUACCAAAGAAGAAUGGAGAUUGGCGACCAUGCGGAGAUUAUCGGAAGUUAAACGCAGCAACCGUUCCGGACCGCUAUCCUAUCCCGUUCCUACAGGACUGUGCCCACCUCCUCCACGGUGCCACUAUUUUUUCCAAAAUAGAUCUGGUACGGGCGUAUCAGCAAAUUCUCAUCAGAGAGGAGGACAUUCCAAAAACAGCUAUUAUCACCCCUUUCGGCCUUUUCGAAUUCCCAUUUAUGACUUUUGGACUACGCAAUGCAGCCCAAACGUUCCAGCGGUUCAUGAACGAGGUGACCUCCGGCCUCGACUUCUGCUUCACCUAUAUUGACGAUAUUCUGGUCGCAUCAGAGAACGAGGAACAACAUCUUCGCCAUCUCGAGGCUCUGUUCAAACGCCUUCGAGAGUAUGAAUUGGUCAUCAACCCCUCCAAAUGCAUUUUCGGAGCUGCCGCUGUCGAGUUCCUCGGGCACAGAGUGAGCGCGGACGGACUGCAACCCCUGCCCGAAAAGGUUCAGGCAAUCUCGGAGUAUCCGCCAUCGACGACCGUGCGAGGACUCUCCAGCUGGCAGUCGCGGGAAAAAAGAAGAAUUUCCAAACCAAGCUGCAGUGGAAUCAAGAAAUGACGGAGGCCUUCAACAACCUCAAGAC